AUGAAUGGUGUGAGCAUUGAUCAACACUUCACAGCAGCAUUGAACGACAGUCGUGAAAGCACAUUCCUGACGAAGGUUGAAUUGCGUUUCAACAUAGCUCAUUGCUACGACAUCGCUGGUGACCUUGAUCGGGCAGCCAUUGAGUAUCGAACUAUCUUAACUGACCACUCCGUUCAAUUGACGAGUAGUUUACAAGCACAGAUCCUAAGACAACUUGGUAAUGUAUCAUCUGUUUUUGUUUCUUUUUUCUAUUUUCUUUUUCCUGUACUGCUUUUGCUGGUUUCGACAACAAUGUUUUCGACACUAGAAUGUAUUGUUGCAUUGUUACGAUUGCAAUCAGAAGGAUAUGUUAAAAUAUUUAGUUAUAUUGCAUAUUUAGGUUGGUUGUGCUACCGCGAGGAGUGUCAACCGGCACAGAGACCUCAAAAGAUUUUCGAGGCAGAAAAUUAUCUAAUUCAAAGCAAAGAACUUGAACCAAGUUGUGGAAAAACAUACUAUUACUUAGGGCGUUGCUACGGUGAACUACAAGAUAGAGCACACGACGCAUUUGUUUAUUACAGGCAUUCAAUUGAUAAAUCAGAAGCAGAUGCGGAUACGUGGUGUAGUAUUGGUGUUUUGUAUCAGCAACAAAGUCAGCCAAUGGAUGCAUUGCAGGCGUUUAUUUGCGCAGUCCAAUCAGAUCGUGAGCACAGUGCUGCUUGGACGGAUUUAGGACGAUUGUACGAAGUUAAUUGUCAAUUUUCGGACGCACUCCACUGUUUUAAAAAAGCACUGAAGUGUCAACCAGCAGCACCGGAAGCUUUGAAAGCUAGAAUACGUGUCCUUGAAAAGGAGUUGCAUCCAUCUUCAUUGCUUAUUGGAAAUUUGCGAUCUCUACCACCUACCGAAUUACCUGGCCUUAACGAAGCUUGGAGGCUUUCCAUUCCUGCGGAAUUGAGUCAAAGACAGGAAGAAUUUUUGAAACAAAAACAGCAACGCUAUCGCGACGGUAGUCCGUUAUUUUCUGCUACGUUAACAUUACCUCAGAAUACGAAUGAAUCAGUGGAAAUACAAAUUCAAUUAAUGAAUAUUUUGCGUGCAAAUAAAGCUGAAAUUACUGAACGUGAACGUAUUUUGUUGGAAAUGCUAGAAAGUAAAUUCGGCAAGAUUGAUAAAAAUGAUGUCGAACAAUCUGUAGAAAUGCAUGCUGAACAAGAUUUUACGAAUGUCGGUAUCAAAAAGGAAAUGCUUAUAGAUGGUGAUGCUCUACCUUCUACUUCUUCAUUAGAAAUUCAUUCGGUUGAAAAAUCGAUCACUGCUGAUAAUAAAGAGGUAACAAAAGAACAAGCAAAACCAAUUAAGGAGGUAUCUCCGUUACCUUAUUCGUUCUCACUUACUGCUGAUGUUCGAGUACCGCUCACAAUCACAGCAUCGGAACUGAUGGAAAGAUGCAGAAAAAGAGUUGAUAAACCAAACGAAUUUUUGGAAAUAUUUGAUGAACAAGUGAAGCCUCCAACCUUAUCAGAUGUGCCACAAAUGGAAAAAUCUCUGCCUGAGAAACUUUUACGACCAACACCUGUAAUUAUGGUAGAAUCACGAAAAGAAGCAUAUAGUAUUGAGCUACAAAAUUACUGUUACAAUAGUGCAGUUGCAUUGAUACGAGGUUUGACGCAGACUUUAAAGAUGGAUCUUUCAUUGUUUUCAACGAAAUCUUUAUUGGAAAUUGCGCCGAAUCAUGAGGUGGAAAUACGGUCUCAGUACAAGAUGCCUCCCGAUCAGAAUGUUGAUCAUCUUGGACAACCAACGUGGACAUGUCACAGUAUUCGUUCCUAUACCACUAUUGCUCAUUAUGCUCAAUAUCAAGCCCAAUCAUUCCAAUAUAGCCUAAAAGAAGAAGCCGAGAAACUUCGGGCAGCAAGUGCAAAGUAUGGUGGUGGUAGUGGUGGUGGUGGUGGUACUUCAACUGAUGCUAGUAAUGGUUCAUUAAAACGUCGGCGUGCCACUGUACCUGAGGAAUCUCAAAUGCCAAUGAAAUUGAUCAAAUUUGGAACGAAUGUUGAUCUUUCAGAUGAAACAAAGUUUAAAAUACAACUAGCGGAAUUAAAUAAAAUGCCGUCUUUUGCACGCUUAGUUGCCGCAUGCAAUAUGUUAACGCAUCUUGGACAUACUGUUUACGGUAUGAAUACUGUUCAACUGUAUAUGAAGGUACCAGGUGCACGCACUCCAGGGCAUGUUGAAAAUAAUUGCUUGGCAUCGGUGAAUAUAAACAUUGGACCAGGUGAUUGUGAAUGGUUUUGUGUUCCAUAUGAAUAUUGGUCGGCGGUUAACGAAUUGGUUGAAAAGCACAAACUCAACUUUCUGAAAGGAUCUUGGUGGCCAGAUAUUGAUGAGCUGUUGGAGGCAAAUAUUCCUGUGUAUCGGUUUACUCAGAAAGCAGGUGAUGUGGUUUGGAUAGGCAGUGGCUGUAUUCAUUGGGUGCAUAGUACCGGAUGGUGUAACAAUGUGGCAUGG